UAGUUCAGGUGCCAUCGUCUUCCGAUAAAUUCAACAUGGAGGAGCAGGUUUAAUAACGGUUCAGGUAUGCAGGUGUUUAAGCGCGUCUAUAGGAUACAUUAAAGCCAUCGAUCGAGCGAUGUGAUUAACUUUUGGUGUAAAAGAGAUCCGUCGGCAGCUGCGCCUGAGAAGAAACACUUAAAUGCAGCGAUUGUGUCAUCAGGUUUGUUAGCAGAUCCUGGUUGUUUGUAGCCGUUUUUGCUGCAGGAUACUCGGAUGGACUCCGACCAGAUCACCGGGGUGUUCGGAAAGGUCAGCGGCCUCCCUGUUCCUGUUGCAGCUCAUGUGCGCGAGGAGCAGCAGCCGGAAGCCCGGAUCUACACGGUGACAGCAGAAUGGAUUCAGAGUGACCUGGUCCGAUGCUCCAGAUUUCGCUUCUCGCAGCAGUGGACUCUGAUCGCCGACAGCAACAACCACCGGAGCAUCAGGACCAUCCUCCCACCUGGACCAUGUGCACCAGUGUCUGGAGAGUUGUUGAGUGACAUUUCGCCUAAUCAAGGCCUGAGGGCUGUUGUCAGGGAGACGGGCAGCCAGCAGCUCCUAGAGAUCUGGGACCAUCAUGGCCUCAGGAAAUGCCUCAACCUGUCCGCCCUGAACAACCAUGGCAGAGUGUAUGAUGAUGCUCAGUUCGGAUGCCUGUCCUGGUCGGAAUGUGAGACCAAGCUGCUGUACGUAGCUGAGGGCAGCAGGAGCUCAUCAGGAGAACCUGGAGAAUCCACCAGCAGAAAGGACAGGAGUGUGUACUGUGAGGAAUGGGGCGAGGCUCUAACCAGUAAGAGCGUCCCAGUGCUCUGUGUGGUGGAUUUGCUUCAUGGUGCAGUCGGAGUUCUGCAGGGCGUCCCACCAGACGUCUCACCUGGACAGGCUCUGUGGGCUCCCGGCGCUCACUCUGUCUUCUUUGUGGGAUGGUACCACGAACCUUUCAGACUUGGACUGAAGUUCUGCUCCAACCGCAGGUCGGCUCUCUUCAGACUCAGCCUGGACGGGCGCUGUGAAUGCAUAUCAGAGGACAAUGUCUCAGUGUCCUGUCCCAGGCUGAGUCCAGAUGGCUCCACGUUGAUCUACCUUCAGGGCAGAGUGUUUGGGCCUCACAACCAGUGCCACAGUGUGCAGCAGUUGGACCUGAAGAGCUGGAAGACCUCGACCAUGCUGGACGUUGUCAGCAGGCCCCAGGAUGGUGAGUUUGCAGGAGUGUAUGAAGCUCUGCCUUCGCACUGCUGGUCUGCUGAUGGUCAGAAGGUCGUGUUUAGCAGCGCCGUUAGAAACUGGAAGGAUGUCUUCAUGGUGGACAGAAGAACAAAGAAAGUCACUUCCCUCUCCGAUACUCCCCCUCUUCCUGCUGAGUCUUACUUUCCAAACACUCCUCUUGCCUCAUCAUCUCAUCUUCGUCACGAACACCAGAGAGAGCUGGAAGAACUCUCCGAUCUCUCUAAGGUUUACGGCAGCUGGAAGCUGCUAACGGUCCAAAGAGAUCUGAUGGUAGUCUGCUGCUCCAGCCCCAGCUCUCCCCCCACGCUGAGGGUGGGAUUCCUUCCAUCAGCAGACUGUGAGACUGUGACCUGGAGAACCCUGCAAGCACCUUUCAUGACCUUCGAUUACCUUUGGACAGUCCUGAAUGUUACACCUUCAUCAGAGGAGGACAACAUAACUUACCCUGGUUUAGAUUUUGGGGCCGUCUUGGUGAAACCAUCUCGUCCCGCCUGUGAAAGCAAAACGCCUCUGGUCGUCUCUAUUCAUGGUGGUCCUCACUCCCAGUUCCCUGCAGAGUGGAACAGCACCUCAGCUGGACUGGUUGAACUGGGCUUUGCUGUGCUAAUGGUGAACUAUCGGGGAUCCACAGGCUUCGGCCAGGACAGCAUCUUGUCCCUGAUUGGUCAGAUUGGGAGCCAGGAUGUAAAAGAUGUGCAGAGGGCCGUUACAGCUGCACUGCAGAGCGACAAAACCCUCGAUCCCAAACGCUUGGCUGUGAUUGGUGGUUCCCAUGGUGGCUUCCUGUCCUGUCAUUUGAUUGGUCAGUACCCAGACUUCUACAGAGCAUGUGCAGCCAGGAAUCCAGUCAUUAAUGCUGCUACGCUGCUGGGAACCAGUGACAUAGUGGACUGGCGAUACACAAGUGCAGGCUUUCAGUUCUCAUACGACAGCAUCCCGACUGCUGAGAACCUGGCUGUGAUGUUACAGAAGUCCCCCAUCACAUAUGCAGCAAUGAUCAAAGCCCCAGUGCUCCUGAUGUUGGGUGGGAAGGACCGAAGAGUUUCUCCUCAUCAGGGUCUAGAGCUUUACAAAGUUCUGAAGAGCAGAGGGUCGCCCGUCAGGUUAUUGUGGUUCCCAGACGAAGGACACUCUUUGUCCAGGGUGGACACUCAGGUCGACUGCUUCCUAAAUAUGGUGCUAUGGCUGAAACAGCACGUCUGAGCAAAUCUUUGUACACACUGUGACUCAGCUGUUUUGAUUCUGCUGAGAUUUUGACACAGGAUAUUGAAUGAAACUGAAACCUGUCUUUUUACUAAAACUAUGAAACCCAAUUUUGUAAAAUGUGUAAAAGCAUGCAAUAAACACCUGUGUCUAUGCAGAGCUAAUAAACUUUAAGGUUGA